CUGCAAGAUGGCCCCGAGUUACGCAGAAGAGCGUGAGGCUAACAUCCAUCGUAACAAGCAGUUGCUCAUCGGUCUUGGUGUCGAAAAACUCGUGCCGACGCAAGAACCAAGGGAGACCCUACGAGUCAAGGCCAAAAGGACAGCUACUGAAACGGACGAGGAGUACGAGGACGAUGAACGUCGACGAAAAUUGGUCCGCACAAAUGCACUCCCGAAAGCUACCUCAGAGAGCAGGCGUCGCAGUAUCCGCCUGUCAAGUCAUGCCUUGACGGGAGAGCAGCAAGAAGACACACCUGUCCCUCUCACUGUGAGAAACCUCUCCAGCUUCUCUUCCGGCUCAAACAAGCAAAGGACACAUGACCCGAAGGUAUAUGGUCACAUACCUGGCGUCGAAGUUGGCUCGUGGUGGGCUUCACGGGAGGAAUGUUCAAAUGAUGCGGUCCAUGCCCCCUGGGUAGGUGGCAUCGCACCCGGCCAAGACGGUGCAUAUUCGGUUGCAAUAUCCGGCGGUUACGAGGACGACAUCGAUGACGGCUAUGCAUUCACAUACACUGGGGCCGGUGGCAGAGACCUGAAGGGCACAAAGACAGCUCCAAAAAACCUUCGGACCGCGCCACAAAGCUCUGACCAGACAUUUGAACAUAAUCAUAACAGAGCACUGAAGCGCUCCGUGGAGACCGGGAACCCGGUGAGAGUGAUUCGCGGUUACAAGUUGCAAUCAAAGUACGGCCCAAGCGAAGGAUAUCGGUAUGAUGGCUUGUAUACCGUGAAAAAGUGCUGGAGAGAGGAGGGCCUGGGAAAAGGUGGCUACCUAGUAUGCAAGUUUGCCUUUGUCCGUUUAGAGGGUCAACCACCCAUUCCCGUGAACCCUGCUAAGGAAGGAUGAGGACUAUGAGCUCCUGAACCGAACUCGGCAGUUGGGGAUGCCGACGAUAUAAUUGUGGAUCAAUUCCGUGUCAGAGCAGAGGUUUUAUGGACCGCUAACUCUUCGUACACACAUGAUACAGAAUUUCUGUGUAAUCUACGGCUAUGUAGAAAAUGGUCUGAUUGUCACACGCACACGUAUUUGACCC